AUGGCUUCCCAAGGUGAUAACAGUGCAGACCCUUGGGACAAGGAGACGAAACGAAAGUUCCAAAACAAAUCCAAGAGCGAAUACUACGACCCGUGUCAGGAAGCGGCCGAACGAAGCAUACGAUGCCUGAACCGAAACGGAGGAGAUAGGAAGAUGUGUGCGGACUACUUCGAGGCAUAUCGAGCAUGCAAGAAAGAAUGGAUGGAGAAGCGGAAGGAGGACAGGAAGAAGGCUGGGGGAGGCUUCUUCUUCUAG